CUUCAGAUGGACUACGAAAACAAGAUCUUCCCGCACACCGGCGGUUAUGGGCGUUAUAACCGCAUCGUGGUCGUCUUCAGCUGGUUCCCUAACUUUGCGGCCAUGCUGAAUCUCUUUAGCGACGUUUUUUACACCCUGAUCCCGGACUCGUACCACUGCAGACCGGAUCCGAAGCUCCUUCCCUCCACUUUCCUCCUCAGCAACUUCUCCACGCAGGGAUACCUGAACCUCACCAUCCCCUGGGUGAACGGCUCCGGGUUCAGCCAUUGUCAGCUUUACAAGUAUCCUUCCAACACCUCGGACUUCUCUGAAAACGUGCCAAGGGAGAAAGUGUCUUGCACCCAAGGGUGGGAGUACCCCCCUGUAGCAGGGCUGCAGAGCAACUUUGUCACUGAGUGGAACCUGGUUUGUGGCGACUACUGGAAAGUCCCCGUGCAGCACAUCAGCUUCAUGACAGGAUGGAUUCUGGGAUACAUCUUUCUUGGUACACUGUGUGACUGGUUGGGGCGUCGGAGAGCUUUCCUCCUGUCCAUCAGUCUGUCCAGUCUGUUCGGGGUGGCUGUCUGUUUGUCCAGCAGUCCGGUGGUGUUUCUGCUGCUGCGUCUCUCUCAGGGCGCCACUCUCGCCGGAGUGCUCGUGUCCUCCUACAUAGCCAGGUUGGAGCUGUGCGACCCUCCUCAUCGCCUCAUGGUCGCCAUGAUUAGCGGCUUCUUUGGUGUGCUUGCAGAGCUGCUGUUGCCAGGCGUUGCUGUUCUGUGCCGCGAUUGGCCUGUUCUCCAGGCUGUGGCCACGCUGCCUCUGCUUCUGCUGCUUUCCUAUUGGUGCUGUGCAUCAGUUUUUCCGGAGUCUCCACGCUGGCUGUUGGCCACAGCUCAGAUUCCUCAGGUCAAGAAGAGCCUCCAGGAAUUCUCCACCAGAAACGGCAUUUGUCUACAGGAUGAGAUCUACUCCGGUGAAAACCUGCUGCCAGAAAUAGAUUCAGUGUACGGAGAAGACUGUCAGCCGAUUUACCAUUCGGUUCUGGAGCUGCGUCGGACUCGUGUCAUCUGGAAGAACUGCCUCAUACUCAGCUUCACUCUGUUCAUUGGAACAGGCAUCCAGUAUUGUUUCACCAGAAACCUGCACAGUUAUUCCACCAACUUCUACUUCAGCUACUUUCUGCGAGUGACAACAGGAGCUGUGGGCUGCAUCUUCAUCUGUUUGUCUGUGAAUCACUUCGGUCGGCGUGGUAUUCUCCUGCUGUCCGCCAUCAUCACUGGACUGUCAUCGCUGCUGCUGCUGGCCCUCACUCAGUACCUCCGAGGCAGCCUGGUGCUGCUGCUCUCCGUCGUGGGUUUGCUGUUCUCUCAGGGUCUUGCAAUGCUCAGUGCAUUCUUCGCCUCCGAAGUGAUGCCAACUGUCAUUCGAGGUGGCUGCUUCGGCCUCGUUAUGGCCUCAGGUUGUGUUGGGAUGGCCGCCUCCUCCCUGAUGGAGCUUCAGAAUAACAGUGGCUACUUCCUCCACCAUGUCAUCUUCGCCUCCUUUGCCGUCCUCUCUGUCCUCUGCAUUAUGCUUCUCCCCGAAAGCAAACGCAAGCCGCUGCCAGACUCCCUGAAGGAGGGCGAGUGCCAGCGACGGCCGCCUCUCUUCCUGUCACAGCCCAGCAGAGACAAUCUUCCUCUGCUGCGCACGCGACGUCCUUUGUCGGAGUACAACCCUGACAACUAUUCCCGCCUGGUUUCUGCCACCAGAAAGAUGUUGACUAAAGAUAAUUUGCCUUAUAGGACUGCUGUGCCAACUCAUCCCCCUCUGCUUUCAGACAGUGACACACAGGAACAAGAGAAUGAGACACAGAGAGUGAUUGCAUCUUGACUCUGUUAACAGACUCUGUUCAUCCUCGUCUGCAUAGACUUAGAUUAUCCUUUCUCCUCCUUCUAGAUAUACCUCUAACAGUCUACGACUAGCCUUCACUGAAAAAUUGUAACUGAGGAACUGACCGCAGUUUGGAUGCACUUUAGAGCAAUGGCUCUGAUUUUGUCAAUUUUUGGCACUAUGAGGUGUGAUCAAGAGGCUGUAGCUGAUUUACAUAAGGUCACCAUCCCCUUCAAAGUACCCUUCUUGUGCAGCAAUACAUCAGUACUGCCACAUUUUUAACACUCCUUGAAGUCCAUAUAUGACCAUUUGCAGGACUACAUUUGCAAUUUCACCAUGGACGUCAAACUUGUGCAGGAAGCAAACAUCAAAGUCUGUGACAAACUGAUCCAACCAUCUCGUCAAUAAUAAUCCCUGGUGACGAGAGUUGGUUUUGACCCAGAGACCAAACUAAAUCAAACUAAGCAGUGCAACGAAGAGCGACCUGCUUUGUCAUUCACAAGGUUGUGUACGCUGAGUUCAGAACAAAUGACCCGAACCACGACAUGUGCAAACAUCUGCCUGGUUACAGUGCAAGUUUUUUGGCUACACCAACACAACCGUUGCUCUUCCACCACUGUACUCGCCAGAUGUGUUUCCCUGGUCCUCUCUUUCUCUUGAUCACAGUGGAGGAGAUUCAGUGCAGUUUAUGCCACUUACUGAGUAGGACUUCAAACAUGGCAGGAGCUCUGGGAGCAGUGUAUCACUGCGCAAGAUGACUACUUCAAAGAGGUUAGCAGUCAAGUUUAAAUCAGGUGUGGUAUUUGCUUUUUAUGGGCACAGACUUGUUUCUUCUUGAUUGCAUCUUGUAUAUCCGUCUUUGUUCUGUUUUACUUUUGUGUGGUGUCAUUUUCUCUCUUAGAUUUGGCUAAUGUGCUGGGUCACAGUGGCGACGACAUUUCUUAUCAGUUCAAUAUAAACUUUAUGGGGGAUAGCAAAGUUUGUUUUAAACUAACAUUACAUGUUCUGUUUUUCUGAGGUACUGCCUGUUGAUAAUAACCUCACGCUGACAAUUUGGUUUGAAUGCCUCCACAGAGAUGAGCAGACAUUAGUUUCACCAGAGAGACUCUCUCAGUUUUGCAGCUGCAAUCAAUCAUGUGAGGAGCAGUCCUUGAUUCAUUUAUUAGUAACAUUGCACUUUCCAUUAAUUCUGUCUGAUUCACCAGGAGUGUGUCAGUGCUGAGAGCAGCCCGACAUUGACAAGGAAGCACAAGACUGUUUCAAACUGCUCUUGUAAAAUAUGGAAGCAGGCACUAAAUGAUGCAUUGGUUAUAUGACAGCAGGGUCAAAGGAUUUUCUUGUGGCAUUUUUAAUGUUAGUUUGUGCCAUUAACAACUCUUGGUAAUGCAAAUAUUAAGGCUAAUUGCUAGUGUUUAGCUAAAUGUUGAGUUAUCCGAGUGGUAAAAUCAACUAGUAAAUGGUGAGUUUAGUCCACUCUAUAUAUAAACCACUUGGGUUUCCAAGCUUUGAUUAAAAGAAUGUUGUUGUAUUUUUUUUAACUACUUUUUUCAAACACUAACAGCCAACAAAUUUACAAGUGUUCUCACCACUGUUGCUUUAGUCUGUCUGGAGUCACAACUGAAGCGUAACACUGUGGUUUCACUGCUUCAGAAUUAAAUAAUAAACUUUUUAAUGGAAAGAAUAAAUAAAUAAUGAAGGGCAUUAGAUAUAUUUGACAAUUGAUAUUUUAAUGUUUCUCUAUGUAUAUUUAAUAAGAUGUUACAUUGUGGAUGCACUUCUUUCAACUCUGUUACUGGAACAGUCUUGUGGUUUUCAAGGUUGCCUUUCGUAAGAUGUCAUCAAGUAAUAGUUUACUGUUUAUGAACUGGCAGUCAGAAUUUGUCAUUUUACCCUCAGUGAGCAAACAAGGCGCUUUUGUGUUGACUAAAGGUAACCGUUGAUCAUAGAAACUUAUAUUACAGUUUGUUUUUUAUGUGAUUAUGUAGUCAAUGAAAAACUAAAGAACUAAGAAAUGCUUUUUAUCUUAACUGUUGUGCCACAAGUUCACAACUAAAUCAAGUCAUGUUUUUCCAUCUUUAAACCGAAUUAAAACAUACAAAGCAAUAACAGAGGCACAGUGGUGUGGUGUCUCACUCAGACGUCUUACCAUCUCAGAACACUAGGGUGAGCUUUUCUCUUACUAAUAUGUUCUGCUACCUGUGAAAACUGUACUGAAGUGCAGUAGUAUUGUGUUUGUGCAUUCUGAUUACACUUGUGUGACUUUAUUAUUGAUGUUUCUUUUAUUAAACCAGAUAAAACACUAAGAACAACCUCUGUUUUACAAUACUGACCAUCGCACACUAACAUUUUCCCACUGCAGCCUCUUAGGUUUAUGGUGGAUAAAACUAUCAUGAGUUGAAACUUUGACUCAGGUUUAAAUAAACUCAACUCUGACAUGGAAA